UGCUUAUUCAGUUCAGAAGAAUUUGGUUCAGGCUGAGAGAAUUCUCCAAAAUCAGCUUCUUUGUUGAGCAAGUGGAGGAAGGGGAGACCUAGGAUUUCACUACCAUUUUGGAUAUCUCUCUGGCUGUCAGAACUAGCCAAAAAUCGAAUUGACUGCCUCUGGAGGUAGGGGAGUUCCUCAUUUCUGGAGUUCUCCAAGGAAAGGCUCAGGCAUCCUAUCACUUUUGACCUGAGAUGGUGUAUAUCCCAGAUAUCUCUCAUUCAUCCCAGAGUUCCUCUCUGUUCAGUUGUCUCCUCUUCCUUCUCUAUCUCGUGGAGCUGAAUGCGGAAGAUGGAUUGGUGAUUGGUCAUAGAGAGCCAGUUCUGGCCAUGGUUGGGGAGGAGGUGGAGUUUCCCUGCUACCUACCUUCCAAACGGAAUGCAGAAGACAUGGAGAUCCGUUUUUUCCGGAACAAAGUCUCUGAAAUUGUCUUUAUCUACCAAGAUAGGCAGGAGCUAUUCAACAGACAAAUGGUAGAGUACCAGAACCGGGCACAAUUAGUAAAGGAUUACAUCCAGGAGGGGACUGUGGCCCUGCACCUUUUCCACAUUAUCCCUGCUGAUGAGGGUCAAUAUGGAUGCCUUUUUCAAUCCAAAGACUUCUCCAACAGUGCUACCUGGGAGUUGGAAGUUGCAGGACUAGGCUCAGAUCCACAUAUCUACUUUGAAGGUUUUGAAGAAGGAGGCAUCCAAUUGAGAUGCAGUUCUGAAGGCUGGUACCCCAGACCAAAGGCGAUAUGGAAAGAUUAUCAAGGGCAACAACUACUCUCCCUAUCAGAAGCUAUAACCCAGGAUGCUCAGGGACUGUUCCACGUGGAAAUGUCUGUGGUGGUCAAAGAGGGAGCCCAUAGCAAUGUGGUUUGUUCCAUCCAGAAUACCCUCUUAGUGCAGAAGAAAGAAUUUACAGUUCAUAUAGCAGAUGUAUUUUUACCCAAAAACUCUGCCUGGAGAGGAGCAUUCAUUGGAACCUUCAUGGGGCUAACUAUCAUUCUGGUGCUCUUCAUGAUUCUGGCAUUCUAUUUCUUCCGGAAGCAAUGGAGAUCCCAAGAAAAACUGAAGGAAAAAUCAGAGAAGGAAAAAGGAAAAUUCACAGCUGAGCUGGGUAAGCUUCAGACAGAAAUUGACUGGAGAAGGGCAGAAGGACAGGCUGAGUGGAGAGAAGCCAGAAGAUAUGCAGUGAAUAUAACUCUGGAUUCGGAUACUGCUCAUCCCAGCCUUAAGGUCUCAGAAGAUGGCAAGAGUGUCAUCUAUUGUGAUAUAAAGCAGGGCCUUCCAGAUGACCCUAAGAGAUUUGAAGACCAACUUUGUGUCCUCAGUCAGGAGGGUUUCAUCUCGGGGAAGCACUACUGGGAGGUAGAGGUGGGGGAGAAAAGUAGGUGGUUCUUGGGUGUGUGUUAUGACUCAGUGGAACGCAAAGGGGCGGUAAAGCUAUGCCCUGGGACUGGUUACUGGGUGAUAGGGCUGUGGAAUGGCUGUGAGUAUUUUAUUUUCAAUCCUCAUCGAGUAUCUCUAACACUGAGAGUGCCCCCCAGGCGAAUAGGGGUCUUCUUGAACUAUGAAGCUGGAAAGGUUUCUUUCUUCAAUGUGACUGACAACUCCCACAUAUUCACCUUCACUGACAAAUUCUCUGGGACUCUUCGCCCCUAUUUUAGGCCCCGAUCUCAUGAUGGAGGAGAACAGGUCAUUCCUUUGACCAUCUGCCCAUUUCCUAACAAGGGUGAUAGAGUAGCUGCCAAAGAUGAUGAUGAUUGUGACACCUGGUUACAACCCUAUGAUUUAUCAGAGAACACUGAAAAUGAGUGGUAAGAAUCCUUAAGAUCUGGGCAGGGUACUUUCUCAAAAUGUGCUAUCUAAACUUUGGGUAAAUCUCCAUUGUUUAAGUCUCCCAGAAAGCAAUAAAGCUUAUGUAAGCACACAAAUACUCUAUAGUCAAUUCAGAAUUAUCUAUGAUCAGGGAAGAGAGGAGAGCACAUAUUAACUGGAGGGCAUUAUUCACCUCAAUUUAGCUAAUACUUUAGGUACCACCUUCUUCUAACCCUCCCAAAAUCUUUUUUAGUAGAGUUGCUCGUGGAUAAUUAGAACUUCAAUAUCCUUUUCCCCACCUACUCCCAGACAUGCCCAUCCUCUGGUCAUAAGUCAUCACUCCAUCAAAAUAGCAGGAAACAAAAUAGAAAGAAAAGAGAGAGGUAUGAAUAUUCAUGUAAUAAUCACUCUCUUAAAUACUCUUAAUGAAUCAAGAAGGAAUUUAUUAUUCAUAAGCAACUAACUAUCCUAUAGGAAUAAAAUGAUAUUACUUACACAAUAUAUUGUGGAUUUAUUUUUAAAAGAAUGUCUA